UUCUUCCAGUCGUUCCAUCAGAUUCACUUCAUCGCGGCAGCACCUCCGAAGAGGAACGAUGGCGAGCAUCUUCUCCAGAAUCCUGUCCUCCAAACGGAACCUGGGCAUCCUGUCGGUGAUCGGAGCCUCGUCGGUCACGGCUGGAUUCCUGCUGCACCGGGACCGUGUCUCCGCCGGUGUGCCGGUCCGCCGGAGGUACCCGGCCAGUGCGGAGUACCCUGACCUACGCAAACACAAUAACUGCAUGGCCUCUAACCUGACACCUGCCAUCUACAACAAGCUCAGUGAUAAGACCACUCCAAACGGAUUCACACUGGACCAGGCCAUCCAGACAGGCGUGGACAACCCUGGUCACCCCUUCAUCAAGACUGUUGGCAUGGUGGCAGGAGACGAGGAGUCCUAUGAGGUGUUUGCAGACCUGUUGGAUCCUGUCAUCAAAGAGAGGCACAAUGGCUAUGAUCCCAAGACCAUGACCCAUCCAACCGACCUGGACGCCCAUAAGAUCCAGUCCGGGCAAUUUGAUGAACGCUACGUGCUGUCAUCCAGGGUGAGGACAGGCCGCAGUAUCCGUGGGCUGAGCCUGCCCCCCGCCUGCACCCGUGCAGAACGUAGGGAGGUGGAGCGAGUGGUGGUUGAUGCCCUGGCGGGCCUGAAGGGUGAUCUGGCUGGAAAAUACUACAGCCUCACUCAAAUGACAGAAAAGGAACAGCAACAGCUCAUUGAUGACCACUUCCUCUUUGACAAGCCAGUGUCACCCCUCCUAACAUGUGCAGGCAUGGCUCGUGAUUGGCCAGAUGCCCGUGGUAUUUGGCACAACAAUGAGAAGACAUUCCUGAUUUGGAUCAAUGAGGAGGAUCACACCAGGGUCAUCUCCAUGGAGAAAGGAGGCAACAUGAAGAGAGUCUUUGAGAGAUUUUGCAAAGGCCUCAAUGAGGUGGAGCACCUGAUCCAGGAGAAGGGCUGGGAGUUCAUGUGGAACAAUAGACUUGGUUACAUCCUGACCUGCCCCUCCAAUCUGGGGACGGGGCUUCGGGCCGGUGUCCACGUCAAACUGCCCCGGCUAAGCAAGGAUCCACGCUUCAGUAAGAUCUUGGAAAACCUGCGCCUGCAGAAACGAGGGACAGGUGGGGUGGACACGGCUGCUGUGGGUGGCGUGUUUGACAUCUCCAAUCUCGACCGCCUGGGCCUUUCUGAGGUCCAGCUCGUGCAGACAGUGAUCGACGGCGUCAACUACUUAAUCGAGUGUGAGAAAAAACUGGAGCGUGGACAGGACAUCAAGGUGCCCCCUCCCAUCAAGCAGAACAGAUAGACACUGAUCCCUGAUCUGAGCCAUUAACCCCAACAGGCACACUCACCCAUUGUGUGGAUGAUAUCUUUGUCUUUGUUUCACUCACAGUUUAACCUAUGUCACUCCCCCAAAUGCUGUUUGCUUCUCUAUAGCAUAUUCUAGAUAAAUUAAACACGGCUGUCACCUCAAACCAAAUCAGUUCUAAAAUACUGCAUCGAGUUAAAUUAUUGCAUUUCAAAGCUUGGCUUCAGCU